AUGGCGACAAAACACUUUUUCCCCGAUACCCACAACCUCGUCGUCCGCGGCCUUGAGUCUCUUGUAGCAAAGAACNCCCACCUCGCCCUCGAUGCCGCAAACAAAGUAGUCUACCUGCCCGCCCACUCUAGCUCCAAAGUCUCGGUCUUGUCUGGCGGCGGCGCAGGCCACGAACCCGCGUGGUGCGGUUACGUGGGCUCUGGCUUGCUCUCUGCCGCCAUCAGCGGAGAAGUGUUUGCUUCGCCGUCGACAAAGCAGAUCAUGGCCGCGGUGGAAAAGGUGCCCAGCGACAAGGGUGUCAUUCUGUGCAUUACGAAUUACACGGGAGAUAAUUUGCACUUUGGGUUGGCGAGGGAGAAGGUUGCUGGAUCUGGCAGGAAGGUGGGCAUGUUGAGGAUGACAGAUGAUGUUGGUCUGGGUAGGGAAAAGACGAGGAAGUUGGGACGGAGAGGAUUGGCCGGAAACAUGUUUGGUGAGUUCAGGAUGGGGGAAGUGGAAGAAGAGCGCAUGCUGACGAAUGGUGAUAUGCAGNUACUCAAACUCUGCGGUGCUGCCGCAGAAGAGGAUUACGACUUUGACACGUGCUUUGGCAUUGGCGAGAGCGUCAAUGGUCAUUGCGUUACCAUCGGGUCCUCGCUGGACUACUGCCAUAUUCCCGGACGUGCACAUCACGAAUCCCUACCUGCAAACACACUGUCUGUGGCUCAAGGCAUCCACAACGAAGCCAAAGAAAUUCCUCCGCCAGAUGAAUUGAUCCAGGAGUUGUUGCGCUAUCUUCUCGACGGAAACGACAAGGAUCGCGCAUUCGUCAACUUCACAUCGGAUGACGAGGUCGCCUUGCUCAUCAACAACUUCGGCGGCCUCUCGAAUCUCGAGCUUGAAGCCUUGACAGCCUUGACCAUCAGCCAUCUCAAGUCGGACUGGAACAUUUCGCCCACACGGGUGUACGCACAGCCCUUUGAGACGUCGCUUAACGCACCUGGCUUCAGCAUCUCGUUGCUCAACCUGAGCGGUGUGGCAAGAGAAACAAAGAUGGACGAGGAGAAAUUGUACGCGUUGCUGGACAAAGACACGAAUGCGCCAGCUUGGCCGAGAAACUCGUACGGUCAAGUCAAAGUCGACAGUCCGACACAAACAAGAGAUUCGCUUUCCGGACAUGAGAGCGUCACGUUUGGACCGAAGCUGGACGUGGCCACGUUCGAGGGCGCUCUCCGAAGUGCCUGCGAAGCCGCUGUGGCAGCCGAGCCCGACAUCACAAAGUGGGACAUCGUCAUGGGCGACGGCGACUGUGGCGAGGCGGUCGAGGGCAUGUGUAAGGGCGUCCUCACACAACUCUCGUCAGGGCUGGUUUCACGACACGACGGUGCGUUGUUGCCCAUCAUGGACGAGAUCGAGAGUGGUGUUGAGGAGAUUGGAGGCACGCUCGGAGCCAUCAUCAGCAUCUUGCUCGCUUCGUGGACUUCAGACCUCAAGAACACGUAUCGAGCCGACUCUUCUCUCAAGUUUGACGAGCAUGUGGCGGGUCGCAGUGCUGGGCAGGCAUUGAAGAACCUGCAGACGUAUACACCGGCGCGUGUGGGAGGACGAACAGUCAUGGACACGUUGAUUCCAUUCUGCGAGACGCUGUCGGAGCUGGGCGACUUGAAGGCGGCCGUGAUUGAAGCGGUCAAGGGCGCAGACAAGACUGAAGGCAUGCCGGCCGUGUAUGGGAGAGCGACGUAUGUCGGCGACAAGGUCAGCGACAAGGACGUGCCGAGGGAUCCUGGCGCAUAUGCCGCCUCGGUCUUCUUGCAAGGUCUGUGGGACGGGCUGAAGGACAAGCUGUAA